AUGGCCGACCACAUUGAUCCAUCAACGCUACCGAAGAGUGCUCCAUCCGCUGGGCAAAUGGAUUCAACAUCAACCCCUAAAAAUCCCUUGGAGAAUACCGCUGCGCCAAAGAUUUCGUAUUUUACUCCCGAGCAAACGAUCGCAUCUGGUACAGGCAUUACGAAAUCAGACGCGACGCUUCCAAAGCUCUUUGAGCCACUUCAACUGAGAGGACUAAAGCUUCAAAAUCGGAUCAUGGUAUCUCCCAUGUGCCAAUACUCGGCGGAAAACGGAAAACACACCAUGUGGCACCACACCCAUUUAGGUGGUAUCAUUUCUCGUGGACCAGGACUUACAAUUGUCGAGGCAACUGCUGUGACACCUGAGGGACGCAUCACUCCAGAAGACUCGGGAUUAUGGGAAGACAGUCAGAUUGAGCCGUUGAGAAAGACGGUUGAAUUUGCACAUAGCCAAGGUCAGCAUAUGGCGAUUCAGUUGGCUCAUGCUGGAAGGAAAGCUAGUACAGUUGCACCGUGGAUCGAUAGAAAAGCAGUAGCAACAGCAGAUAUUUGCGGUUGGCCCGACAGAGUCAUAAGUACCAGCAACGAAGCCUUUGACGCCCCUCACACCUGCGUACCAACCACCAUGACCCUCGACGACAUCGCCAGCUUCAAACAAUCCUUCCUCUCCGCCACCCACCGCGCCCUCAAAGCCGGCUUCGACGUAAUCGAAAUCCAUGCCGCCCACGGCUACCUCCUGCACGCCUCGCUUUCCGCAGCCACAAACUCCCUCCCAGCGCCCUACUCCGGCUCCCUCGAGAACCGCAUGCGUCUCCUCCUCGAAGUCACCGAACUGGUCCGCAACGCUAUCCCAGACACUAUGCCUCUCUUCGUCCGCAUCCCAGGCUCAGACUGGAUGCCGCCCGAGAGCAACUGCUGGGAAAUCAACCAGGCCAUCGCGCUCUCUCUCGCACUCUCCGACGCUGGCGUCGAUUUCCUCGAUGUCUCGUCUGCAGCGCUGAUGCAUGAGCAGAAAGUCGUUAGUGGACCAGGCUACCAAGUCCCUUUCGCGGCUGCGAUUAAGAAAGCGCUGACCGAGGCUGGGAAAUCCGAGAAAACGUUUGUCGGGACGGUAGGCAUGAUUACGAGUGGUGUGCAAGCGGAGCAGAUCUUGCAAGAUGGAAGUGCGGAUGCCGUGUUAGUUGGACGGGCGUUCCUGAAGAGUCCGGCGUUGGUGUGGGAGUGGGCUGCUGAGUUGGGGAUUCCGGUCAGGAUUGCGAAUCAGUUCGGUUGGGGGUUUGGACAGAGGGUUGGUGGGGGGGUUGGGGGUGGACAUGCUGCUGUUGCGAGGGGGUAG